GAAGGAGGUUUCUAGACCAAAUGGGGAACACAAAUGGCGAAAACGGAGAGAUUGAGACGUUUGAGACAGAGAAUGGACAUGUGAAUGAAGAGAAUGGAGGUGAGCCACAUGAGGAUUUGAACAGAAUAGUCCCAUGGACAAGGCAAAUUACAGUCCGGGGACUCGUAGCCAGCGUAGUUAUUGGCGUAAUUUACAGUGUUCUAGUGACAAAGUUGAACCUCACCACUGGUUUGGUUCCCAAUCUCAAUGUUUCGGCUGCACUUCUCGCCUUCGUGUUCAUCCGGUCAUGGACUAAGCUGCUUCAGAAAGCUGGAGUUGUAUCAACUCCCUUCACCAGGCAGGAGAAUACAAUAAUUCAAACUUGUGCAGUUGCAUGUUAUAGCAUUGCUUAUGGAGGUGGUUUUGGUUCGUAUCUGUUGGGUCUAAGCCGGUAUAUUUACGAGCAAGUUGGGGUUGAUACUGAGGGGAACACUCCCGGGAGCACCAAGGAACCAGAGCUUGGCUGGAUGACUGGUUUUCUAUUUGCUACUAGUUUUGUUGGGCUGCUGGCUUUGGUUCCUCUCAGAAAGAUCAUGAUAAUAGACUAUAAAUUACCAUACCCGAGCGGAACUGCUACUGCUGUCCUUAUUAAUGGGUUUCAUACUCCAAAGGGUGACAAGAUGGCUAAAAAGCAGGUUCAUGGGUUCAUGAAAUUCUUUUCAGCUAGUUUCUUGUGGGGUUUCUUUCAGUGGUUUUAUUCUGGAGGAGAGAAAUGCGGAUUCGCUCAGUUUCCAACAUUUGGAUUGACCGCUUGGAGAAAUUCAUUUUACUUCGAUUUCAGUAUGACUUAUAUAGGAGCAGGAAUGAUCUGUUCUCAUCUAGUGAACUUAUCUUUGCUUCUCGGCGCCAUACUCUCUUGGGGAGUAAUGUGGCCAUUGAUAAGGGGUCUUAAGGGAGAGUGGUUUCCUGCAACUUUAUCAGAAAGCAGUAUGAAGAGUCUAAACGGUUACAAGGUUCUCAUUUCCAUUUCCUUGUUACUAGGAGACGGACUGUACAAUUUUCUCAAGAUACUGUACUUUACUGGCUCAAGCAUCCACAGGAAAAUGAACAACAAGAGCCUUAAAACAGCUUCAAAUAACCAGAAUGCGACUCUUGAUGAUCUUCGACGAAAUGAAGUCUUCCUAAGGGAUAACAUUCCGGUUUGGGUUGUGUGCGUAGGGUACACCUUGUUCUCUGUCAUCUCCAUCAUUAUCAUCCCGCUCAUGUUCCCUCAACUGAAAUGGUAUUAUGUUGUCGUAACCUACCUUAUUGGACCCUCUCUAAGCUUCUGCAAUGCUUAUGGGGCGGGUCUAACUGACAUGAACAUGGCUCAUAACUACGGGAAAGUGGCUCUCUUUGUGCUUGCUGCCGUAGCUGGGAAAAACGAUGGUGUUGUUGCAGGACUUGUAGCCUGUGGUCUGAUCAAAUCAAUGGUUUCUAUCUCCUCCGAUCUGAUGCACGACUUAAAGACUGGUCAUCUCACUCUCACGUCUCCUCGAUCAAUGCUUUUAAGCCAGGCUAUUGGAACGGCCAUAGGCUGUGUGGUAGCUCCUCUGACAUUCUUUCUCUUCUACAAGGCUUUUAAAGUUGGGGAUCCAAACGGUGAAUACAAAGCCCCUUACGCCAUCAUUUACAGAAACAUGGCAAUUCUCGGCGUUGAAGGCUUCUCUGCUCUGCCCAAACAUUGCUUACAGCUGUGUUAUGGUUUUUUCUCAUUUGCCAUAGCAGCUAAUCUGCUGAGAGAUCUUGCUCCUACGAAAAUCGGGAAAUGGGUUCCGUUUCCAAUGGCAAUGGCUGUCCCAUUCCUCGUUGGAGCGUACUUUGCGAUUGAUAUGUGCAUGGGGAGUUUGGUUGUGUUUGUCUGGCACAAGCUGAAGAAGAACAAGGCAAGUUUAAUGAUUCCGGCAGUUGCUUCCGGUUUGAUAUGUGGAGACGGGAUGUGGAUCCUCCCUUCGUCGAUUCUGGCAUUGGCCAAGGUUCAACCUCCCAUCUGCAUGAACUUCUUGGCAACUAAGUAGACCUGGAUUUGCGUCGCAGACUCGUAGUUGUGUUCUUCGAGUACAGUUGCAGUAGGUAAAAUCUGCAGAUGCGGAUUCAGCAAAGUAUAGGGGAAUUAGUGAUAAUUAUCUCAAGUAAUACAUAAAGUAAUGUAGCACGGUAGAUGACUAGAUGCUGGGGUUUUGUAUCCUACUUCUCAUAUGAUGAGCUAAUAAAGAUGCAUCCAAAGAAAACUUGUGCCACAUUUUGUCAAAUGAAACCUGUGAUUUUAACUUUUCUCCGACAA